ACUACAUUCACAACUACAACGAAUGAAUGUAUGAAAUACACACGAUAAACAACGCAAAAAUAUACACAUCACUUAUCUGGUAUAGUCUUAACAUAUGACAGUCAAUUGAGGAUUAAAGAAGAGCAACUUUCAACAUUCUUCAGAAAAUAUUAACAAGAAGUGCGUGUAGUUUCCUUUAGUUCCAGAAGUUCCAGACAAUGAUCAGAAAUUCCACAAAAAUUAUUUGCAAUUCAGUAACCAUUUCCAAAUGGAUUCCAAAGCUGCCGGUACGGAGUUUAUCAGCCGUAACCAAUCCCCUAGUGAAAGUAGAAGUUAAUGACAAAACCGGCAUCGCCUUGGUUUCCAUGAACCGAAAGCCAGUGAAUGGAUUAAGUUUGGAAUUAUUUGAAGCGUUGUCGACUACGUUCGAUGAUCUCGAAAAUAACAAAAGCAGAGGGGCCAUAUUGACGUCUGAAUGCGCGACGGUAUUUUCGGCUGGCCUUGACUUAAAUGAGCUGUAUAAACCCGAUGUUGAACGGUUUAAAAAAUUUUGGACAACGUUCCAAGACGUUUGGCUAAAAUUGUAUGGCUCUACAUUUCCUACAGCGGCGGCAAUAAAUGGUCACGCUCCGGCCGGCGGUUGUCUCUUAGCAGUUAGUUGUGAAUAUCGUGUGAUGUGUUCGAACUACAAAAUAGGCCUGAACGAAACUCGUAUUGGCAUAAUAAUACCGAUAUUUUUGUGUUCAUCGCUGCGCAAUACAUUAUCACAACGUGAGACUGAAAAAGCCCUAACUUUAGGUACACUAUACAACACCGAUGAAGCAUUGAAAAUCGGACUUGUUGAUGAGAUUGCCACUGAUAAGACAGAUGCUAUUCAGAAAUGUGAGUAUUUUUUGCUACAAUAUAAGAAUGUAUCACCAAUGGCACGGUCUUUGACGAAAAUCAGUUUACGUAAGCAAGGUCUUGAAGAAUUGGAAAACAGUCGUGAAGCUGAUAUGCAAAGUUUUUGGUCGAAUCUAACUGAGCCUGUCAAUCAGAAACGGUUAGGCGAAUAUCUUCAAAGUUUGAAAAAGAAAUGAAAAAUAUUACGGACUGCAAACAGAGUGCUUAAAAUCCUCUGAUAAAAAUUGCCUAUUAAAGUGGUCUGAAUAAAACUGAGUUUGAUUUC